AUGCCUCCAAGGGUCUCCCUCGGCGCUUUCCUCGCCAACGCGAGAUCAGCCCUGACGGCUCCGCAACGGGCCAGUCCCUUGACGUUGGUCGUCGGCAACGAAUCUGCAGACCUCGACUCUCUCUGCUCUGCCGUCGUGUACGCCUACCUCCGCAGCCACGCUGCGCCUCACACCCUCCAUAUCCCCAUCUCGAAUCUACCCCGCGAUGACCUCAAGCUCCGUCCCGAGAUGACGGCUGCCCUGGCGCAUGCUAAGCUCAAGCCGAGCGACCUACUCACCCUCGACGAGAUACCUCAAGACCUCGCCGCGAAGGAUUCCCGAUGGGUUCUCGUCGAUCACAAUGCUCUGACGGGAGACCUCGCCAAGAAGUACGGCAGCAGUGUCGUCGGCUGCGUAGACCACCACGCCGAUGACCACAAAGUUCCCCAAGACACGGGCGACGAGCCCCGCGUCGUCGAGAAGUGCGGAAGCUGUGCGAGCUUGGUGGUGGAGUACUGCCGCUCAGCGUGGGAGGACCUCGCAAAGUCGGAGACCGGCGCUAGCGACGUGGACGAGCACCUCGCCAGGCUGUCGCUGGCAGCAAUCCUGAUUGAUACCACGAACCUCAAGUCCAAGGAUAAGACGACGGAAAAGGACACUAGCGCAGUUUCCUUUCUGGAAAAGUUUACGAGCGGACGCGACGCGUUCUUUGACGAGAUAUCCGCCGUUAAGGAAGACAUAUCCUCGCUGGGAUUCCGCGACGUAUUCCGGAAGGAUUAUAAGCAGUGGGAGGAUCUCGGCGAAGGUUUUGAGGCGAGCAGCCGCCACAAGGUCAUGGGCGUGUCGGCCAUUGUCCAGAAUUUGGAUUACCUACUCGACAAGGCUGGCGGCGAUGAUAAUGUCCUGCUGGGCGAGUUCAAGGAGUGGGCCAAGGAGAAGAAGAUGGAUGUCGGGGUCAUCAUGACGACGUCGCAUCCUGGUGGCAAGUUCCAGAGAGAGCUUCUCUUGUGGGCCUUCAACGAGGACGCUAUCGAAUACUGCAAGAAGUUCUACCAAGCAUACAAGGAUGAUUUAGGCCUGGAGAGCUGGGGCGAGGGCAGACUCGAUGAGGUUGGUGAAGGGGAGUGGAGGAUGGCCUGGCACCAGAAGAGUCUGUCCAGCUCUCGCAAGCAGGUUGCGCCUAUGCUACGGCAGACAAUCAAGGGCGGCACCAAGCUUUGA